AUGGCCAGGUUCUUAGCUGAGAGAUCAGACGACCCAAAAACAGGAGUAGGAGCAGUCAUCACAAACACAGCUUUAGAAAUCGUAGCUCUUGGCUGGAAUGGGUUCCCUACAAAAGCCCUUUAUGGUGAGUUCCCGAGGGCUUCUCAUGACGACCAAGUUGAGCGAAAAAAAUAUCCGUUCACAAUCCACGCUGAACAAAACGCCCUGCUCUUGCGCAACACCAAGAACCUCGCAAAUGGGAUCUUAUUUGUAACGAAGACGCCGUGCAAUGAAUGCACUCCGUUACUGGCGAUGGAAGGAAUCAAAACCGUUGUUCUGGGAGAGAAAAUGAAAGAGAAGGCGUCGUCAACUGGUACUUUGGGGUAUCAAAAGUUCCCUGAGCAAGUGAGAAAGGAUACUUUCAUUUGCUUUGAAAUGCAUAUGGAGACUGCUAAAUCGAUGGGUGGACCACGUCCCAAGAAACGAAAGUUAUGCCUUGUUAAAUCACAAUCGAUAUAA